AUGAGGCAUAUAAAUAUACAACCGGAUGAUAGAAUUUAAAACAGUUCAUUAUUGUAGAUGAGUUAAACAACAAUUGUGUUAAAUAAUCAGUUUAUAAUUAUCAACUUCAAAAUAAAAGAAUUUUCAUAAUGUUUGAAUUCAUCUUCUGGUCUUUGUUAGUGUUACUUCAGUUAACAUUGUCAUCUACUGAAGAAUGUCCAAGAGGUUGUAUGUGUAUGGGACAAACAAUUCAUUGUCAAAAUGUUGGAUUCCGUGAAAUACCGCCUAUACCCAGUAUUGUGCCAAGUCCAGGUGGUGGAGUUUUACAAUAUUUAAUUAUUGUAGAAAAUUCAAUAAUGAGACUAGAGAAAGCUUCUUUUGAAGGACACUUAGAUUUAUUACGUUUAGAAUUGUUUUCUAAUCAAAUUGUAUGGAUAUCUGUUGAAGCAUUCACAGGUCUACCAAUGCUUAAAAGUUUGAUAUUACGAUCUAAUCGUCUUGCCUAUUUACCACAAGAUGUUUUUACACCAGUGUAUAUGUUAGAAGAAUUGGAUUUGUCAGACAAUCAAUUGAAGCAUAUACCAUUUUCCAUGGAGGGUUUAAUUUAUUUGAAGCGCUUAUCACUUGGCGGAAAUCCAAUCUAUUGUCCUUGUGAAAUAGUUGACUUCGCUCUGUCUCUUAUGUACGUCGAGCAGAAAUCAUCAAGAGCUACAUGCUAUAAUCCACCACAAUUACGCAAUAUGAAGCUGUCAGACUUGGCUGACCGACUUCGGACACUGGUAAAUCAAACACGCUUGUUAGGUUACCAGACAAUCAGAGAUCCAGACAGAAAUAAUAUGAUUCAUUCACAACCUUUUCAUAUGGUACCAGAACUUAUGCAUCGUUAUUGGCCAUGGCCUCAUUGUCCAAGGGAGGAUUUCGGUGGGAAGACACCUAAGCUAGUGACUAAAUCAGAUGGUGAUUAUGAAACACAUGACCAAAAUUUGAAUAGUGCUCUGACAACAAAUGCUGCACAAAAUACUACAUCUUAUCUUGAAAACAGACCCCCAGUCUUAGCUGUUCAUCUGGAAAGUGUAAAAGUGGUGGCUGGUGAAGUGGCAAGAUUUAUAUGCAGAGGAGAAUCAGGUACUGCUGGUCAGAUUACUUGGAUUCUACCAGUGACAGCUACACGUUAUGUACGACUUUAUAGAAGACGUCAAAUUCUGGAAAUAACUGAAGCCCAUGAUUAUCAUGAAGGCAGUUACAUUUGUGUUCUGUCCAAUCCUUAUGGUUUUGUUACUUCAGAGGCUAUUCUACAACUAAUCCAACCAAUUAAACCAACAAUAACAGAUGCUCCCCCAGCUGAUGAUAAUACUGUGGCAGAACACUCAAUUUUGGACUUACGAUGUACAGCUAAAGGUUUGCCAAAGCCCACUAUAUCUUGGGUGUGGCAAAAAGAGACUCUGCCACUACAACUGGUUACAGGUGGUCGGUAUAUUGUUCGAAGUCAUAGUACAGAGAUCAAUACGCUACAGUUUCAGUUUCAAAAAGAUUUAAGUAUUUAUUCAACAGAUGAGUUUAUACUUUCUGAAAAUGAAAAUACAGAAACAAUGAGUGUACUACUUAUUAGAAAUGUUACUUCAGAAGAUGCACACGGUAAAUAUAAAUGUUACGUUGCGAAUAGAGUGGGAUCGGCGCGGGUUUCAACAAUGAUUCAAGUUAUUACUGAGGAUAGUCACCAUGAAUGGUCUGCUCCUGUAGGAAACAGUGAAGAGACUAUGAAUCAUGAUGUGAAGAACAUGACAUCAAAUUAUGGAUCAGUUGAUGGUGAUGAACUUGUCAAACAUAUCAUUGAAAAAGCACGUAAACGUAUUGAAACAGCUAUUAGGAAAACAGCAGAUCGUCUAAGGGAUACAGGUAGGCGACGAUCAUCAGCAGACAUUGCAUCAUUAUUUCGACAGCCGAAUCGUGCCGCAUUGGAGUUAGCCAAAGCAGCUGAAGUGUAUGAAGCAGCAAUCGAUGAGGUGACCAAUAUCUUACGUCAAGGGAAUCAGAAACACUUUGAAGUCAGCAAGGCUGAUACAAUGCCUGAUGACUUUAAGGAGGAGGAUGCUGAGAUUGAUCCAAACUCACGUGAUACAUUAGGUGUUGAGCUGAAUUCAGAUCAGCUGGCUAUAAUAGCUCAAUUAUCAGGAUGUCAAAGUGCCCAACAAGUAGAUCCAUGCUCAAGGCAGUUGUGCUUUCAUUUACGUUAUCGAUCAAUUGACGGAACGUGUAAUAAUUUAAAUCAUCCUAGAUGGGGUGCAGCAUUAGUUCCAUUCAGACGUUUAUUACCGCCUAAAUAUGAGAAUGGUAUGAAUACACCAAUUGGUUGGUCAUCAACAAAAUUAUACUUUGGCUAUCCAAAACCUUCAGCAAGAUUAGUCUCUCGUGAAUUGUUGGGUAAUGCAUCUUUAAUGAUGAGACAAAGUAAAAUUGUGGAAAUGUAUAAUAAACAAAUGAGAAAGAUGAAAAUGAAAGCUAUGAAUCAUAAAGAUAACAAAAUGUUGAUAACAACAAUUAAUCGUACUACUCCUUCUACUACCAAUAUACAGUAUGAUAAGAAAUAUAUGUAUACUAUGAAUGAAGAAGAUGCAGAAAACCAAGUAUUCAAUACUACAAUAACUGAUAAUAUGUUAUUCGACGAAGAUGAGAAAUAUAGUGGAAUGUUGAUGCAGUGGGGUCAAUUUUUAGAUCAUGAUUUAGACUUUACACCAGUUGAUGCAUCAACAAGUCGAUUUAGUGAUGGUUUGGGAUGUAAUGAAACUUGUGUUAAUGAUCCACCGUGUUUUCCAAUCUUAGUCCCUCCAAAUGAUCCACGUAUAAAACAUCGUUGUAUUGGAUUUGCUAGAUCAAGUGCAACAUGCGGUUCCGGUUCAACAUCUAUUCUACUAGGAAAACCACGUUAUAGAGAACAAUUGAAUCAGAUUACCGCAUUCAUUGAUGCAUCCAAUGUUUAUGGAAGUGAUGAUUUUGAGAAUAGUCAACUUAGAGAAACACUUUUCGAUGAAGGUAAAAUGAGAGAAGGUAUGCCAACAAGAGCCCAGAAACGUUUGUUACCUUUUAAUAUCAGAGGACAGGUCGACUGUCAAGCUGAUCCAGGACAAGAUUUUGUACCAUGUUUUAAGGCUGGUGAUCAUCGUAGUAACGAAAACUUAGGUCUUUUAUCAUUGCAUACCUUAUGGUUUAGAGAGCAUAAUCGUUUAGCUGACAAUUUAAGAACAUUAAAUCCUCACUGGUCUGGUGACAGGAUAUUUCAUGAAGCAAGAAAAAUUGUCGGUGCAUCUAUGCAAGCCAUCACAUACCGAUCUUGGUUACCAAUCAUUCUGGGACCAGAUGGAAUGCAAUUGUUAGGCAAUUACAAUGGAUACGAUGAUCAAGUAAAUCCAACAAUAAGUAAUGCAUUCGCUACAGCUGCUAUGAGAUUUGGUCAUACUAUGGUACCACCAGUUGUUUUUAGACUAGAUGAAAAUUAUGAACCGAUAGAUGAAGGUCAUCUGUUAUUACAUCAAGCAUUCUUUGCUCCUGAUAGAUUACUUAAAGAUGGUGGAAUGGAUCCUUUAGUAAGAGGUCUUUUAUUCAAUGGCAUUCGUGAUCGUUCAAGGAAUCCGUCUCUUAACAGUGAAUUGACUGAAAGAUUAUUUGCUAUGGCUCAUGAACUUGCAUUGGAUUUAGCAGCUUUGAAUGUUCAACGUGGUCGAGAUCAUGGACUUCCAAGUUAUACUGAAUAUGCAUAUAAAGUUUGUGGAUUGGGUAAUUCACCAUAUCCUAGUUCAUUUGAAGAACUUAAACCAAGAAUUUCAAAAAUGCAUAUUUUAGAAGGAUUAAGAAGAGUCUAUGGUCACCCAGGAAAUAUAGAUUUAUUCACUGGUGGAAUUUUGGAAGAUUUACUACCAGAAGCUCGAGUUGGUCCAACAUUUGCUUGUAUAAUAGCUGAACAAUUCCGUAAACUUAGAUCAGGUGAUCGAUUUUGGUAUGAAGCUUCUGGAGUAUUUUCACCUGCUCAAUUAGCAGAGAUCAAACGUACAGGAUCCAGUUUAUCACGUAUUAUUUGUGAGAAUUCAGAUAAUAUUACUAAAGUACCUGAGAAUGCAUUCAUUCGACCUAAUCGUAAACAAGAUCUUAUUGAUUGUAGCCGUGUAUCAAGAUUAAAUUUAGCUGUUUGGAAAGAAUGCCCAUCUACAAGUGGUUUCUUGAAUACAUAUCAUGGUACAGCUUAUAUUACUGAUACUGGGAAGUUAGAAUCCGUUGAACCAACAUCACGUACACGACAUAGACGGGAUAUAUUUGAAUCUGAAAAACUUCAAUCAUCACAGAAUAUAGAAAAUAACUAUGAAACUGAACAAGUGAAGAUAUUAUCCAAAAGAAUCAAACAACUGGAAGAACAAAUGGCGUUACUCUUAAAAUUUAACCAUAAUACAACGUCGUUUGGCAAUCAAUAAAAGAUUUAGACAUUCUUUUUUCCUGGAAUAGGAUUAUUUAUAUAAAUAAUGUAAUUCAAUUAUAUAUCUAGUCAUUAAAUAAAAAUGAAAUAAAUCAAUAAAUAUACAAUUAAUUUUCAUUAUUUUUCUUUCCAUUAUCACAAAUUUUCUAAUCUGAGUUAUAAAUCAUUUUAAAAGUAGAGUGAAUAUUAAAAAAAUUCUAGGCUUUUAAAAUAAUAUACAACAACCUUCACUUUGGUUUGUUUAAACCAGAAAAUAUUCACACUUGAAUAAAAACAUAAUAUAACAUUUUUUUCUACAUUACUAUUCAUCACUAAUCGUUGACACCAUCCAAUCUAAUUUGAUGGCAAAAACUUGUUGAAAUGAAAGGAAAUUGUUCCAUAUGAAUAACCUCUAGUCGUUGUUGAUUAUUUGUUUUGAUUAGUAUUAUGGUGAGUAACAUCACUACAAGUUGUUCUAUUCUAUUUUUUUCUGGGAUUUCAACAAAACAUGUAAAUGUAAAAAUAUGUUUUAA